AUGCUGCAUGCGAAGAAGCUGCUGGAUAACCUUGUGCUCUCACAGCAGCUUUUAACAGCCCCACGUUCAGAUCCAAACUACACCCUCUCUACCUCUUUCUGCUGCACUCGUCCUAGUCUGCACUGCUGAGCAGACUUGAGAAGAACCAACAUGGUCAUGAGCAUGGAAUCCUCUUCCACUCUGUUUCCCACACUGCUGUCCAAUCAGACGACUGAGAGCUGUAAGCCUGUAGACAACACAGUGGAGAAUCUCGUCUUUGGCCUCUACUACAUCAUAGUCUUUCUUCUCGCUCUGAAUGGCAACAGCCUUGCCCUGUGGAUCUUCUCCCGUCAGAGAGGAGCCUCAUCUCCUGCUAAUGUCUUCUUGAUGCACCUUGCUAUAGCUGACCUUUCUUAUGUUAUUAUUCUGCCUCUAAGAGCCACCUACCACUUGACAGGAGGUCACUGGCCAUUCGGUGAGGGUCCUUGCCGUGUAGCUGGCUUCCUUUUCUAUGUUAACAUGUAUGCCAGUCUUUAUUUCUUGGCUUGUGUAGCAGGGGAUCGAUACCUUGCUGUGGUUCAUGCUGUGAGCUCACUGAAGGUCCGCUAUGCCCGCUUUGCCCAUAUAACCAGCUUUGCUUUGUGGGCGCUAGUAAUUUUAGCUAUGUCUCCUCUAUUGCUGACCCAGCAGACUAUAGAAGCAAACGGCUCCACGGUGUGCUUGCAGUUGUACAGGGAGAAAGCUUCCCGCAAAGCCUUAGUCUCCCUCAUUGUUGCAUUCCUUCCUCCUUUCCUUGCAACACUCUCCUGUUACCUGCUCAUAGUUAACAGUCUUAGAAAGGGUUUGAGGAUGGAGCCAAUGCUAAAGGUGCGAGCAUUGCGCACAAUCGGCCUGGUCAUAAUCAUCUAUGUGGUGUGCUUCCUGCCAUAUCAUGUCAGCCGAGCCACAUUUAUCCUGGGUUACGGACAUCCGGAUCUCUCCUGCCAAACACAGCAAGGUCUAGCUCUCGCCAAUCGCCUGACUUCUUCUCUGACCUGUCUGAAUGGAGCUCUGGACCCACUGGUCUACCUUUUUGGAGCAGAGAAAUUCAGGGCCACCGUGCAAAAACUCCUGUGCAGGGAUAAAUCAGGUGGAUCUGCAGCAACCAGUGGCGAUCUUAAAGGGACACAUGAGAGUUCCCUGAGUGCAAAGUCAGAGUUCUAAGGAAACCUGGUUUUAAAAUCUAUAUGUGUCAUCUAUAGGCCAGGCUACAUAUCCUAUGUGCUCAAUCUGAUCCUAAAGUACAUGGACAUUGGGUUUGGGUGUGUAGACAUUUGAACAUAGUUAAAAGUGUAGACUGUCUGGCUUGUGAUUUUCUUAACCAGAAGUAAAAAGAGGAAGUUAUGCAAAUGCCAAAGACAGUUGAGUUAUUCUUACAGUUUGUCUGAGUGUACCUGAGCCUAAAAAUAAAAACGGAAGAAAUGUUUGUUUACUUAAAAGUAAAUUACAUAAUUGAACACCAUUCUGACCAUUAAUUCAUAAGUUACAGAUAAAGACCAGUAUAAGCUCUGGAUCCACUCUGACUCUGACCAGAACGCACCAUGACUAACAGAUCCCAGAGUAAUCAGAAGAAAAAGUCAUCCAACUUUUUAUUCAUUUUACUAACAACACAUGUUUUUUCAAAAUUUGAAUUUUAAAGGUUUAACUAAAUCAGCUUUUUAGUUUUUGCAUUGCAUUGUUACAGUUUGACAAAUGCAUUUAUUUGACUUAUGCUUAAAACCUAACACAAUGACAUGUAAAGGUUUCUAAAUAACAGCUGUUCAAGAAGCAGGUGUGGAAGAAAUAUCUCCAAGUGAAACAAAGCCUGUAUACAGUACAUAUGUUUUAUUAGCCAGUUUUUAAACUGUUAUUAGAUACUGUUUUUUUUGCCAGUCUUUAACUUAGUCAUGUACCAGAAAAUCAUUGCUAAGCAAACAAUGCUGCAUUGUUAUCUCAACUGAUAUGUGUUCAAAAUGUUUUUUUUUUUUGUUUUUUUUACCAAGACUGUUGUACUACAUCAAGCUUUUUUUUACUCUGCAGUACUUACUGUAUAUGGCUAUGCAAUUCAAACAUAUGCAUUGCAUUGCAUAACAAUGUGUACCUCUAUAUAAUUAAUCACCUUGAUCUGCUUAUUUUGCAUCUAUGACUGUGAAUAUGAAGGUAUUUAUUAUCCUAUUUCUUUGGAUGUUCCAAUUUUCAUUACUGUAUAAACUGUGCUAGAUGCACUAUUUUGUAAUCAUGUGUAAAUUAAACUGCUAUUUUUA